AUGGGCCCCGCCUGGUAUGUGACAUUACGUCGUGGAUUCCGCCGUCGCCUCCGCAAUCGCGUCGACGGCGAUCGACGGCUCUCCGAACAGCCACGUGGCCCGUACGAGCUCAAGGACCGUCGGUGGCUGUGGGACCCCCUUCGCCUCGUCUCGCCCGACAGCGGUCAAAGGGCGGCCGUCGGAGGCCUCCGAGGCUGCAACUGCAGCAGCAGCAGUAGCGCGGCGGCGGAGUUCGGCCCCAUGAAGGAGUGGGAGGUCAGGCCGGGCGGGUUGCUCGUUCAGAAGCGCGCCCCUGAGGCCGACCCCUCGGCCGCUCCGGUCCCCACCGUCUGCGUCAAGGUCAAGCACGGCGCCGGGAACCACGAGAUCCGCAUCAGCUCCCAGGCCACCUUCGGGGAGCUGAAGAAGGUGCUGUCGGCCAGAACCGGAUUGCACCCGUUGGACAUGAAGCUGGUGUAUAGAGACAAGGCGAGGGAGUCGAAUGAGUUCCUCGACACCGCCGGCGUGAAGGACAAGUCCAAGGUCGUGUUAGUGGAAGACCCCGUGGCGCAGGCCAAGCGCCUACUCGAGAUGCGCAAGUCCGACAUGAUGGAGAAGGCCGCCAGGUCCGUAUCCACCGUCACCCUCGAAGUCGAUCGGCUCGCCACCAAGGCGUCGGCGUUGGAGGCGAUCGUCAACAGAGGUGGGAGGGUGGCGGAGAAUGAUGUCACCGAUCUCAUCGACUCUUUAAUGAAUGAGCUGAUCAAGUUGGACGCCGUUGUCGCCGACGGGGACGCGAAGCUGCAGAGGAGAAUGCAGAUGAAGAGAGUGCAGAAGUACGUCGAAACAUUGGAUGCGAUCAAGAUCAAGAACUCGUCGCCGAGAGCAAACGGCCAAUCAAGCAAGCAGCAACAUCAUCGGAUUCAGCCUCAGCAUCAAGAACAAAUGCAACAAAAGAGGAGGGACUUGCAACAAACACAUCCGCGAUUCCAACAGCAGCCGGUGGUGGUGACAAAGAAUUGGGAAACAUUCGAAUCCCUUUUCGCGCAAUCCACCUCAGCCACCAUCACAGCAACCUCGUCCGCUCCUCAUGCAAGCUUCGACUGGGAGCUAUUCUGAGCAUCUGAUGCAUUGCCAUCGGCAAAAUCUUGCAUUCUGUUGUUCCCAAUUCUGGUCAGAUCCUCUCGAACAACACUUCCUUCUGCUCUACUACUAUUCAUCGUGUGCAUAUCUCCUGCUUAGAGGGGGAUCAAUUCAGAUUCACGUGGAAUAAAUGGACUCGCAAGGCCUACAUUACCAGUGGCUCCGGCUGCUUAAGCGUUCUUCACUAACCAGCGAUUCUUUGAUGAUUCCAACCAAAUGCAGGUGAUGCAUACUUCCAUUUUUCUCCAUUGAAAUGCUCACCUAAUAACUUAAAGCCAUUAAAUUGCAAGAGGAGGUCGCUGGACUCCAAUGGAAACUUGGCGAGCCCACAUUUGGUAGAUUGUCCACAAGAUUACGCUCAUCCGUACUGCCGCAGUAAUGUCAGCGCCAUGUCCGGUGACAUCAAUGAAUGAGCUGCCACCGUAAACAUGCAGAAGCUAUACUGCUUUCAUCACGACUCGGUAAUCAGCCCCGACGCACGAAUAUCGUCGCAUGAGUUCUGUAAAAUCGAGCCGGUAAUUGGGCCACAUUUUUGGCCCAAUUGA